AAUAACUUAUGCGUAAUGAAAAUUAUAGAUCACCAACCCAAAAUAUCAUGUUUCUCUCCACAGCUGCUGUCAGACCUGCCGAGCAGUCCCAAGAUUUCCUAUUGCUAUGCCACAGUCGCAAAACUUCGGCAGCGCUUAGCUGAGUUGGAAAAGGCCGAGGCUGAUUUCUUGCGAACAAAGCAGCAGUUGGAAUUCGAGUUUAACCAGAAGAGGGCAAAAUUCAAGGAGCUGUACCUCGCAAAAGAAGAGGAGUUGAAGCGGCAGAAUGUGGCGUUACAGUCAGCAGAAGGUGAUGUUACUCGGCUGCAAGUCCAACUCAUGGAGGCAACGGCUGACAUGGAGAACAUUAAAGCUGUAGCUACAGUUUCCGAGACCACCAAGCAGGAAGCAAUCAAUGACGUAAAGAAGCAGUGGCAAGAAGAAGUUGCUUCAAUGCAGGCUAUAAUGAAAGAGACAGUGAGAGAGUAUGAGAUUCAAUUUCAUCAGCGGCUGGAGCAGGAACGCACUCAAUGGGGGCAGUACAAGGAGGUAAUGGAACGUGAGUUGGCUGACCUAAGGAGGCAAUUGUCUGAAAGACGCGAAGAGGACAGCUUGGAAAACGACAUGAAGAAAGCUCAGGAAGACGCUGAGAAGUUGCGGUCAGUGGUAGUGCCCAUGGAGAAGGAGAUAGCAGCUCUCAAAGAAAAGCUGUUAACAGCUGAGGAAAAGGUCAAAGAACUAGAAGCCUCAAAGACCUCUGAGACCUGUAUGCGUCAGCAACUUCUGGAACCAGAAAACAAUACCACAAUCAACAUGCCGAUGUCAAUUGGAGAACAUUGCCAAGGACAGAUGGCAACUCGUGGGGAAAAGGUUCUCCUCAUCUCUGCCUUUAAAAAGCAGGUUAAGGAGCUGAAUCAUUAUCUAGAAACUGAGAAGUCCUGUAGGACAGACCUGGAAAUGUACGUUGCUGUCCUCAACACUCAGAAAAGUGUUCUGCAGGAAGAUGCUGAGAAGCUGCGUAAAGAACUGCAUGAAGUAUGUCAUCGUUUGGAGCAAGAGAGACAGCAGUACAACCAGCUGAAACAUACAUGGCAGCGUGCCAAUGACCAAUUCCUUGAGUCCCAGCGGCUUCUGAUGAGGGAUAUGCAGCGCAUGGAGAACGUUCUCACUUCAGAGCAGCUUCGACAGGUUGAAGAACUGAAAAACAAGGAGCAAGCAGAAGAUGAACAGCAGAACCUCAAAAAAGCCAAGGAGAGUAAACAGCCAGAGAUUGAGGAAGAAGGCUCCAUAAUGAGCUCCCAGUCACAUGUAGAAUCUCCUGCCAAAUCUCUCAGCAUGUUAGAUGUUGAAGAGAUUUGUGGAAAUAGUAUACAUGGUUCUGUGCAUUCCUUGGAUUCUGAUUUGUCAACAUCAGUGGCAGUUUCUGCUAUUAAACAGGAGGGUGAGCUGUUCCGAGAGAGCUUAAGAAGGGUGCAGUCCACUGAUAGUCUAGGCACCUCGAGUUCCUUGCAAUCAAAGAGCUUGGGUUGUGGACACAAGGCAAAAUCAGCAGGAAAUCUGGAUGAAUCAGACUUUGGACCAUUGGUUGGAGCAGACUCUGUUUCUGAGAACUUUGAUACAGUCUCGGUUGGCUCUUUCCAGAUGUCUGGUUCUUUCAUACUGACAAAAGAUCAAGAAAAAGCCAUCAAAGCACUCACACCGGAGCAAGAGGAGACUGCUUCUCUUUUGUCGAGUCUUACGCAGGUAGUGGAUACUGCUCCUAGUGGGUACAGAAUGGUCAGUGAGAAAGAAUGGAAUUUGUUACAACAGGAGGUACAGAAUGCUGGAAACAAGCUGGGCCGCCGCUGUGACAUGUGUUCAAAUUAUGAGAAGCAGCUCCAAGGAAUCCAAGUACAGGAGGCUGAGACCCGGGACCAGGUAAAGAAACUACAGGUGAUGCUACGACAGGCAAAUGAGCAGCUUGAGAGAACAAUGAAGGAGAAACAGGAGCUGGAGGAUUAUGUCAAACAGAGCUCUGAUGACACUAGUAGCCAGGUCACUCGACUGGUCCAGCGUGCACAAGAUGCUGACACCUUGCUUACCAGCUUACAGCAGUUGUUUUCCCAAGCCACGCGAAGCACCCAGGAGCAAAUGGCGGUAUUGAUACGGUCACGAGAACAAGUAUCUGAUGAACUGAUGAGACUGCAGAAGGAAAACGAGAGUCUUCAGGGGAAGCACAGCCUACACUCGUCUGUUCUUCAGGGAGAGAACUUCAUUCCACCAGACACUGUGGAGGAAUUGCAUGAACUAGUGCAGACGUAUCGUGAAAAUAUUGUCAGUGUGCGGACAGCAGCUGAUCACCUAGAGGAGAAACUAAAGGCAGAAAUCCUUUUCCUGAAGGAACAGAUACAGGCAGAACAGUGUCUGAAGGAGAACAUUGAAGAAACGCUACAGCUGGAAAUAGAUAGUUGCAAAGAGGAGAUUGCAUCUUACUCCAGUUUAAAAACUGAAUUGGAGAGAGUGAAAGCAGAUAAAGAUCAGCUGGAAGCCAGAAUGCAAGAGAAGAUCCAGUACCUGGACAAUCUUGAAGAGGUGAAUAACAGCUUGCAAGAACAACUGAAGAAGGAGGGUGAUGCAAAGACCAGCCUAGAACAAUUGCUGUAUGAAGAGAAGAAUAAGGGUCAGAGGUUACAGACUGAGCUUGAUGUCAGUGAACAAGUACAGAGAGAUUUUGUGAAACUCUCCCAGACGUUACAGGUGCAAUUGGAGCGGAUUCGCCAGGCGGACACCCUAGAUAAUGUCCGUGUAAUCCUAAAUGACACAAAACUGACAGAUAUUAAUCAGCUCCCAGAGACAUGACAUUAAACCCUGGAAAUUGAGGCUACAAUAGUUUUUACUCAACCAGACACCUGUCUUUGUAGAAACAUGUUAAUUCUUAUUUAACUCUGAAGGAUCAGAACCUAUGGAUUAAUAGAAUGCAGUAAUUGAGGUGUAAAUGUUUCUAGAUUGACUUUGUACAGGGUGCCUGACUGCAGUUAGAUUCCCAAUUCAUGACAUGGCAACAAGGGAACACUACUGAAAUUUUAAAUUUAACUCCUAUGAUGAGAAAAGAUCAACAAGUGCGUAAUCUUUGAAAAUCACUGAUACAAGAAUUCCCAGUUUUGCUGGAGUAAACAUGUCUAAUGUAUUGCUCUGCUAUUUAUACCAUUUGAUCCUUUCUUGUGUUUCAUGUACAUUCACUAAAGCAGCAUCAGACGGUCACAUCUUUCAGCUCAUGCUUUUACUUGUGAAACUUCAGUGUUUAGUACUCAGAAAAGUGUGAACGUUUUGGUUUAACCAGUUCGUUCUUUUUUUUUACAAAUGGUACUAACUCCAGAAUCUGCUCACCUUCUCUCAGUAUUGCCAGCUCCUCGAACUCACAGACAAUGUUUCAUUUGAAUUUAUAUUUAUUGUACUUGCUGUGCCUGCCAGUUUUCUAGAACUGUGUAAAAUGCAUCUCACUGCUCAAGUUCACUGGAAAAAAAAUCUGGGGAGAAAAGAACCUAACUAAUUUUCAUUGAUUAAAAAUUGCUGACUUACUUUAUAUAGACAGCAGCAAUUGCACCAGUUUUUUUAAUGAUUUUAAAAAACAAUUUUGGUUGACUAUAAUUCUUAGGAUUCAAUACUUUUGCAAACAAAUACACUCAAUUAAUAUUGGAACUAAAUAUUACCAGUUGAACUCUUAUUCAGCAUACAGAAUUGUUGUUCAGCUGGUUCUUCUGAGGAUAUUGUUUUAGGAUGGGAUAUAAAAUGAUGUAAUCACACUUGAUUUAGCCCUUCCUUUAUUAUCUUUGAUGAGAGAAACUGAAGGCUUAGAGUAAUCUGAUUGGAAGACUUGGACUGCCCAGCAGAUUUUAUACUUUCGUUAGUUCCUGAUGUAUGUGCAAGAUGACAAUUUAGGUUUCUAAAACUUGUCAUCUGGUCACAUUUAAAGAGCGUUCAGAUGAUUAAAGUUUGAACUUUGACUGAUGACUGGCCUUGGAUUCUGUACACAGCAUGAUUGAUUUCCAUGCCCCAAACAUAAAACUUGAACAGGGUACAAAGAGGAAACUGACUGCAGUACUGGGGAAGUAGAUGACUUCACAUCACUUACUGUGAACAGCUUUUAAGCAUAGAGUUGAAUUUGCUGUCUGGGCAAAUUCUAGAGUUGUAAAAUGUUAAGAUCCAUGGCGCAGGAUGGCAUUUUAAAAUACAUAUUGGCAACAUUUAGAAAUGGCAUUUAAUAUUUCAUUGUAUUCACAACAGAGUAUAUUGGCAGCAGUGAUUGCAGAAAAAAAUGAGGAUGUCCAUAAUAUUUUUGAAUCAUGAUACAAUGAUCUGGGAGAGGUAAAAGGAACAGGAGACAAUGGGAGAAGUGAUUGCA